AUGGGAGUGAGUGCAACGCUUGAUGAAGACAUACUGACGUUAAACUCGACGGUUCUGUCUCGUGACGGCAAGGAGAGCGUCCACGAAAGUAUCUCCGGACCUCGUACGGAAGCUGAAGAGCUUGGGAAGAAGCUGGCAGAACGUUUCUGGGCCAACGAGCUGGCGCGAAAGGUGCUAGGCAAGACCCGCGAGAAACGUGCUCUAACGUAUGGUAAUGCAGAGGCUCCUGAUGAUGCUGCUGCUGCUGCUAAAUCAAUCGUGAAGAAGGCCAAAACUUCUGAAUAG